UCGAUUCCACCUUUAUCUGAACUCCAUUCAUAUACUCUCUCCUACUGUCAACUAACUCCAGAGCGCAUCCCCUCACUGCAGCCUACUACGACCUACCUACUUGCGUUCGCAUCAUUUUUAACCGCCUGUUUUACGAAACCAUUACUCGUCGACUUUGCGCAAGCACGUUACAUGAAGCGAACACUAAAACCCUCCGCAUCGAACCCAACCUUGUGCCAUAACUCGAAGAUAGGAGAAGGAGCGCAGGAUGUCAAUGUAUCUUCUGGGCACGGUCAACACCAACGUACAGAUAACCACGCAACACAGGAUUCACCUAUUCGCGGGUCUUCUCAAAGUCAGGCAACUCAUCAUCACUCACAAUCAAAGCUGCCAUCAUACUUGAACGGGAAAAAUCCCUACGGUCGCAUUCUGGAUCAAAUAGACCAUCCCUAUCGAGAGCCCCAACAGAUUUCGACAUCACCUCCGUCACAGUUGGGUAGCAGUAUUGAAGGACGACCAAGGACUUCUGGGGCUUUUCAUUUCAAAACGCGGCCUGAUCAGGUUACACAGCCCGUCCUCGAUGAUAUCAAGCAUAGUCCUCCCCCUCCUUCGAGUCAACCAUUUCCUCGGCCAAUUCAAAAACAAUCAUUCAAUACUACCAGGAAUUUCUUCGAGAACAAAGUCGAUAGUCCUUCUCAAGCAUCCGUGCGCGCUCCUGUGAAACCAACAAGAACGGGGACAUUCCGAGCUGGGAAGGACUUCUUCGAGAGUAAAUCCAGAGAGUCUGAAAAAGCAUUAUCUCCACUCAAAGGGAAUAAACCUUCUCAAAGGUCAGAUGAAUUCGUAAAAGCCAAGCGUGAUGCUGCUGCCCCGAAAUUGGCGGUAACCGCACUGGAUGACAGCCCAGCCGGAGACCCAUCUCUGGCGCGCAGGCGAUCAACCAAUGUGUUCACUCAAUCACGCCGAGGACCACACUUUCUCGGACGUAAACAUUGUCAUGAAGCUCAUCACAGUAAAGUUAAGGACGAAUCUCAUACCCCAAAGGAACCUGCCGUGAGCCCUAGCCUACACUCUCAAGAGACCAAGGACGAGUCUGUUGGGUACGACGGAUCAAGUGCCCAUCACAGCUACAGCUACAUUCCGAACCAGCGUACGCCUGUUCCGGAUAUGGUCUUCACUAACAGUGCCGACCUCCAAGACAGCUAUUAUUCUAUCGAAGUACCUGAUGAUAUUGACGAUCGUGGCGGGUAUGGACGUCGAAAAUCACAAGACUUUGGUUAUCCUAGUGCGCGUAUCAGGCCCGGCUCAACGUUGAAAACUUACAGAACUCCUUUACAGGAUCCAGGAAGAUGGACCAAACGUUCGUGUGGGCAUUUCUCAUCCAUUGGUGCGAUGGAGUCUCACGAGGACGCUACGAGCAAGCCAUGUAGCCAGUGCACUAUCAAGAAGAACGCUGCUUUAUCUACUCUCGCAAACAAACUUGUUCUCACACCAUUCCCUCGUCCUCCGAUUAAAGAGCAGGGUGCAUAUUCUAUCUCUUCAUCUUCGGAUACAGACACGUUCGUAACACCCGAAGAGCAGCCCCCUUCGCCUCACCCUGGCUAUCACCAAAGCCAAGCAGACCGCAGCUUCCACGCACCCGACCGAUAUGCAGAGGAUUUCGUUCAAGACGUUAGUCGCCUCCUCGACUCGAUUCUCGAAGAGCACCAGAACACGCUGCAGAAGGUCAUCAACAAUAUCGAAUCGAGUCGUCAGCAGCGUCGACCAUAUCUAGCGCCGAGCCGUGGAGUAACAGAGGGCAGCAAAAUACCGCUGGUGACGAGACUAAGGCAGAAAAGCUGGGAUCCGGACCUUCAUCAAUGGGGGUCCCGCCACGGCCUCUUCUUUUCGAUGCCCACUCAACACAUUCGCCAGGCCCAACCUCACAACAACACUAUCCUCUCUAUGCACCGUUCUCGGGUCCACGUACUCAAUCCCCCUCACGGGAGCCUUGGAAAAGGAAAUCCCGUCAAGCUUACCCAGUACCGCCACCACGACUUCCCAAUCAAUCCGAUGAGCCUCCAGCCGUCCUUCCAGACGAUAAUGAUAAAGACUCGGCUGCACUGCCAUCAGACUCAAUCCCAUCGCCUUCAUCCCCUUUCCCCUCCUCCUCUUCUUCUUCCGUCUCGAAAACAGUUACACAGCAACAGCAACAUCAGCAGCAAGGAUACACAUCUUCAUCGUCGUCCUCUUCCCCAUCUCCCAACAACAACCCCGCCAACAAACAACGUAAUCCAGAUCCCAAAAGCACUACUAACAACACCAUCUCCUCUUCUCUCCCUUUUCCUACUACAUCUCCACUACCCCCACCGUCAUCAUCGGCACAUCCUCCUCCUUCUCUUCCUCCUGGAACAGUCGCAGACCUCAUCUCCCUAAUCGACUC